CUCUGGGGAAAUGUCACGGCAUCUCUUGCUGAUGGUGCCCCCUUGCCCCGUGACAAGGGUGACAUGUGAGCCCCCUGCUACGGGCUGGCUGUGGCAGCGACAUAAUGUGCAUGCACAUCCCCUGGAAAACUCUUCCAGCCUUCUGGAGGCGGACGGAGGAAUCUCGGAUCCAGCUCCCCGGAGGCUUGGCCCGGAACCCGCCUGGUGCGGUGUGGCCGGGGCUGAUCUCCCUGUGUGGGCCAGGGGCGAAGGGGACCUCGGGCCAUGGAGCAGCCCCGGCUGGAGCGAGGCCCGGGCCCUCCGUCCCGAGCCGCGCCCGACCCCGCCGGCCGGUGCUGGCUGCCGCGGCGGUACCCCGGACAAACCCGCCUGCCGGAGCGGCCCGGAGCGCCCCCAGCACCGGGGAGGAGCCGCCCCUGAGCCCGGCCCCUUCCGGCGGCUCCGCCCGGCCGGCGCGGGGCGGCUCCGUUUGACCGGGAGCGGUGGGCCCGGCCCGGCCCGGCCCGGGCGGCUGUGGGUCCCGGCUCGGCGUGACCCGGUUCGGGGUGAUCCGGCGAUGGCAGUGCCGGAGGCGGUGCCGGGCCGGCAGCGGGCCCUGGCCGCCGGCUCGCCCGUGGACUACAUGAGCAUCACCAGCUUUCCGCGGCUGCCCGAGGAGGAGCCGAGCGGCGCGGCCGAGAGCGGCCUCCGCGCCCGCAAGGAGGAGGACGCGUUCCUGGGCGAGCAGGACACGGACCCAGACUCCUUCCUGAAGUCUGCGCGUCUCCAGCGCCUGCCCUCGUCCUCCUCAGAGAUGGGAAGCCAGGAUGUGUCCCCUCUGCAGGAGACCAGCAAGGACCCCUUCUCAGGAGAUUGCAGCUGCCGGCAGGAUGGGCUGACCGUCAUCAUCACCGCCUGCCUGACCUUCGCCACAGGUGUCACUGUGGCCCUCAUCAUGCAGAUCUAUUUUGGGGACCCUCAGCUGUUCCACCGCGGCGCUGUGGUGACAGACGCCGCGCGCUGCACCGCGCUGGGCACCCACGUGCUGGCCAGGCACGGCUCCUCGGUGGACGCGGCCAUCGCCUCGGCCCUCUGCGCCGGCAUCGUCAACCCCCACACCUCGGGGCUGGGAGGGGGCGGGGUGAUGCUGGUCCACGACAUCCGCAAGAACAGGAGCUGGGUGAUCGACUUCCGUGAGGUGGCUCCCCUGGGCAUCCCACUGGAAGGGGACCUGCAGCAGGACACUAAGCCAGGUCUGCUCGUAGGGGUGCCAGGCAUGAUCCUAGGAAUGCACCAGGCACACCAGUUACAUGGCAGGCUCCCGUGGUCUGAGCUGCUGGGCCUCACAGCUGGUGUCGCCCAGAAUGGCUUUAAUGUCACACAUGACCUGGCCAAAGCCCUGAGUGAACUGAAGGACCUGAACUAUUCUGAGCGAUUCCAGGAGAUUUUCCUGCCGGAUGGGCAGCCCCUGCUGCCUGGGAUGUUUGUCCGGCGCCUGGACCUGGCAGCCGUGCUGCAGCUGCUGGGGGCAGAAGGGGUGUCAGCCUUCUACAGCGGGAACCUGACCCAGGAGAUGAUCUCUGAGGUCCACAACUACGGAGGAGUCUUGGUGGAGGAGGAUUUCAGCAAUUACAGUGUCACUGUGGAGGACCCCGUGCACACAAUCUAUCGAGGGCACCUUGUUUUCACCCCCCCACCUCCACAUGCAGGUCCUGCACUGAUCUCAGCACUGAACAUCCUCGAGGGCUUUAACAUCACAAGGCAAGGAUCCAGAGGGAACAUCUUGCACUGGAUGGUGGAGACACUAAAAAUAGCCCUGAGUCUGGCGAGCAACCUGGGAGACCCCUCUGGUGACAUGUCUGUCACUCACACAGCAGAAGGCAUGGUGAGUAAAUCAGAAGCCAAUUCCCUGCGCCAGCUGAUCAAUGACUCCCAGUCCUUCCCGCCCAUGCUUCACUCCCCCCUGGAGAGCGGGGCCGCUGCCAGCCAGGUCCUGGUCAUGGGCCCCGAUGACUUCAUUGUCGCCGUGGUGAGUUCUUUGAAUCGUCCCUUUGGCAGUGGCAUAGUAACACCCUCUGGAAUCCUCCUGAACAGCCAGAUGUUGGACUUCUGGCAAAAUAAAACAAUGAACCACUCCAUUCCCAGGCCGCAAAACCUCCUUCAGCCUGGGAAGCGGCCGCGGUCCUUCCUGCUGCCCACCAUCGUGAGGCCCUCCGAGGGGAUGUGUGGCACCUACCUGUGCCUGGGAGCCAGCAGCGGGGACAGAGCCCUGAGCGGCAUCGUCCAGGUUUUGGUAAAUGUUUUAACGUUUAACAAGAAUCUGAGUGAAAGUUUGUCACUUGGUCGACUUCACCCGCAGCUUCAGUCCAACACCUUGCAGGUUGACAGUGAGUUUCCUGAAGAAGAUAUUGAAUUUCUUGUGGCCAGGGGCCAUCAGGUGGAUAAAGUCCCAGUGGUGUCCCUGGUUCACGGGGCCAGGAGAACCAACAGUUUCAUCAUUGGCCUGAAGGACCCCAGGAGUGCAGAUGCUGCUGGAGCCAUCUUGUAGCAGCUGCCAUGUGCUGUGGCCAAGGCUGUCACACAACCCUGUGAUGUGCAUGUCCUGAAGUGGCCCCUUCUCCAGCCCUCAUACUGCUGGGAAGGUGCUCUGCACUCCCCACCCCGACAGCACCAGAGGAGUUGGCAGCAGCAACAUCCAGCUCUCUUUAUUUUCCAUCAUUUGGAUUGCAAGCAGCCCCAUCCUUGUUACAGGAGUGGCAGGAGCACUUUUCUUUUGGCAGUCUUGAUAAUCAAUCUUUCCAAAGCCCAGUUCUAGCCAGCAUCUUACUUUUAGGGAUCAGGAACAUGAGCAAGGAAAAAAACAGCUGCUGCCACUGAUAUUAUCAUUGAUGAUGAUUAUCCUCCUCUCCCUGUCUUUCCCAAGCUCCUUCUUUGCUUCCAGUGCAAGCCAGUAAUUAAUACAGCCUGAUGUAGUGUUUGUAGGUGCCUGCAGCUGGAAUACUGGGGAGUCCUCUAAUAUUCCAUAUGGGCCAGCUGAUUUUUGCCAGCGUGCAGCAUCCCAGGGAAGUUCCUGUGCCCACAUCACUACAUACCUUGAAUUUUGGCAGUAAAUAUUUUGAAUCCAAUUGCUGUGCAGACUCACUGGCAGUCUGAUUUUGUAACCAGAGCAAUGGUUUUCAACAGAUCUAACAACUUCUUCCUCUAACAAUUUGUGCGCCUCCCAGUAGUUUUCUUACAGAGGUUCAACCUCCUCACUGGUGAAUUUCUGAUUAAUGGUAGCAGGUUUAACUUUCUUAGACACUUUUUGGAGAUAUCUUAGCAGUACUCCACAGUGAAAAACCACAGAUCAUGGACUGAACACCACAUGGAGGGCAUUUGGGAGGGUUCAGAGCUCUCCUUCCACUGCGUUAUCUCAGUCUGUUCCAAAAGCCUGGGUCAUUCCUACCGAGAGGCUUGGAAAUUUCUGCUGACUGAAUUAAUGGCUGUACCUUAGCUCUGUGUUUUAGUCCUAGUGAAUCUGUUGGAAAAGCUGAGGGGAGUGAGAGAAAAAGUAGAAACCAAACCAAACACUACUGAUAAAUUUCUGUCCACAGCAUGUAGUGAAAAUAAAAGAAUGCUCUUGCAUUUUGUGUCUGAAAUUGAGAAGGGAAGAAUACCCCAGCUGACAUCUGCACCAGGUCAUUCAGCCCACAUUUGGACAUUUCAUGUUCUUUUUGCUGGCUAGUUAGAGACACUUGUCACUAAAAAAAUCCAGAGUUUGAUCAUUUCCUGCAGUCUAAAAUGUGAUGAUUUCCUUCAUGGUGCACAUGCACCCAUGGCCACUGUACAUAUUAUAUAUGUAUGUCUGUU